AUGCCAGGCAAAAAAGAUUCAAAAGCAGUAGCCAAGAAAGGAGGGAAACCGGAGCCAGAAAAAAAUAAACCAAAGGAAGAAGAAAAGAAAGGAAAAGAUGACAAAAAAGGAGCAAAAGAUGACAAGAAGGGUGGGAAAGAUGACAAAAAGGCUGGAAAGGAUGAUAAAAAGAAAGGAAAAGAAGAGCCACCCAAAAGUAAAGGGAAAGAUGAUGGUAAGAAGGGAAAGGAUAAAGGGAAGGGAAAGAAAGAGGUUAUUGAAUCUGACGAGGGUUCAGAUGCUGAGUUGAUGGAAGACUUGAGCGAUGAGGAUGAGGAUGAGGACGAAGAGUCAGAUGGAGACAAGAGAAAGCGUGGUGGAAAAGAUGUUAAAGGUAAAGCUGCAAAGGGAAAGUCCAAAUCUAGACAGCCUGACUCUGAUGAAGAUGAGGAGGAUGAAGAUGAGGAGGAUGAAGACGAGGAGGAAAGUGAAGAGGAGGAUAAGAAAGCAAAGAAGAAAUCAAAAGAUCAUCAUAAAUCUAAAGCUGAGGAAGAUGGAAAGAAGAAGAAAGCAAAAAAGAAGGAAGAGACUCCACCUGAGCCACCACCUGAAGAAAAAAAGAAAAGAGGUCUCAAAAACACUUCAAAACUCUUUAUGAGGUUCUCUGGAUUUAAGAAGAGGAAGAGCUCAAAGAAGCGCCUUAAGAGUACUUCCAAGCUGUUUCUUGGACUUGGCAAAAGGAAGAAUCGCUUGCUUAGGAAAAAAAGGAGGAAAUCUCUCUUGAGAAAUGCUCCAAAAUUCAUGAUGCGUUUCAAAAACAGCAAGAAAAAGAAAAAAGAGAAGGAAAAAGAGCAGUCAGGACCAAAGCCAACCUAUAUGCUUAUCAGAUUAGGUGGAAAUUCUAAAGAAGCGGAGAAGAAGCCAGGAUUUUUUAAGGGGCUUUUUGGGAAAAAGAAUUCAGGGGAUGGGACUGGUUUUAAAUAUAGGGGGCAAUUAUUAGGUAAGAUUGCUGGGGCAACAAACUGGUUGACCAAGAGGUUCCUCUCCAUUAAGGGGCGUCAGAGUGGAAGGGACCGUGAUGCCUGGGGCCAGAAAAACAACAAAAAAUAUCCAUUUCCUGCUGGCAGUCGCCAAGCUAGCAUACGAGCUCCUCCAGGUUAUCACAAUUAUGGAUAUGAACAUGACACUGGAGGAUAUGAUUAUAAUAACCACAGCAGGAUGGAUAAGGGAGCAUUCAACAGACAGUCAAUCCAGAGGCACUCUAAUAGGUAUAGUGAACAGUAUGCCCAUGUUCAGGGACAUACAUUUCCACAGCAAUACACUCAAUAUGAUGAACCAAAUAACUAUUAUGACAUGCAAUCACAUGAUCAAGGCUAUUAUGAGUUGCAGGAUGGAUACUAUGACCCACACACAGUCAUUCAGGAUGAGGGUCAAUAUUAUGAUGAUGGUAUGGACUAUGGUGAUCCUUAUGGUGGUCAAGAGCAGAUGGGCAAUUACCCACAGGAAAUGGGCUACUAUAGUCAACAGUAUCCACUGGAUCCUUAUUUCGAUGAUGGCAUGGAGUACUAUGAUGAUAAUCAGUAUCCAAUGGGAAACAGCUAUGAUCUGUAUGGGAAUGAAAUGAAUCCAUAUGCCCAGACUCAGUAUGGAUAUUACGAUGACCCUCAGGGCUUCUAUAGUGACCCAUAUGAAGUUGAAAUUGCAGAUGAUCCAUAUAUGGAUGCUUAUGGGGAUGCUUAUGAGGAUCUUUAUUUUCAGGACUAUCCUGUUAACUACAGUGAAACAGAUGUUGACCCAUAUCUGCAAUCUGCCUACAAUAUGUAUGAUCAAUAUGGUUAUCCAAUGCAAGAUAUUAUGGAAGGUGAUGAAGCUUAUGGAAUGUACGGAGAGAACUAUGGAGAUGUCUCAAUGGAAUCAAUGCCCCUUCUCGGAGACAUGGAAUUCAGAGUCCCAAGACCCCAGGUCAAGCUUUUUGGUAAAGAAAGGAUUGAUGUUGAGCUUCCUCCUUUUCCUCCACAAUAUGAUUUUGAGGAAAUGUCAGACAUACAAUAUGAAAAUUAUCCAUAUAUACCUGGAGCCUCAAUGGAUGAUGGUUUUUCGCAGACAGUUCAUCCUCAAGAAAUGUUUCAUCCCACAAUGCCUCAAGUGCCCACACCAACGGCCAUGCUAAUAAAGCAAGCAAAUAAUCCCCAGGGAUUUGUCAAUCAACGUAUGUCACAUAUGGCUCAAACUGGUGGAUUUCCACCAUCUCCAACACUCAGCAGGAGGUCUAUACAAGGGAUGGCCUCCCCAUUGCAUAAGCCUAUGUCACCCAUGGCACCCAUUGAACCUAUGUCAAGUUUUGGAGAGCCGAUAAUGGAAGUUAGACGUUCCCCCAUACCUAUACGCAGACCGAGCCCCCAUGCCUCCCCACAGCUAUCCAUGCAUCCUGCUGCUCCACUCCCUCUGAGAAGAAGCCCAUCCCCACAGCCCUCUCUUCGUGGCAUUGGAGGCAUGGGAGCACCUCCAUCCCCAAGACUAGCCAGAGGUAUGCCCUCUCCAAUAAGUCAUGUUCAACACCCUCCAUCUCCAGUUGGACGCAAAAUGAGCCCACCUGUUUCUCCAACACUUUCUAGACGUUUUCAGCCUCAGGCUACAUUUAGAGAAGGGCCGCCCACUUCACCAGCAGUCCCUAGACGUUUUCAGCCUCAGGUUCCAUUUAGAGAAGGUCCACCUGCUUCACCAACAGUCCCUAGACGCUUACAGCCUCAGGCAUCCUUUAGAGAGGCACCACCAUCUCCCCAGACAGUGCCUGGCCGUUUCCCCUCACGAGCUCCAUCUCUCAAUACAAGUCCUCCAGCUUCACCUCGUGCAUCUAUUCGGAGGAGAAGCCCACCACAGUCUCCUCGUGCCUCAGUUAGGAGGCCCAGUCCACCCUCCUCACCCUCACAAGUUCAUCGUCCAUUUGGUGCCAAAACUUUUCAAGCUUCCCCUUCUCCACUUAGGCGGAUGAGUCCUCCAUCUUCCCCUCAGAUGGGUAUGCGAACCAUGGCAGAUAUUCAGCAGAGGGAUCUUCACAGACCACAGUCUCCAUUAAUGCCUCAAAGAGUAUCACCUUCUCCCUCUCGAAGAAGUUUUGCUGUGGAACCAGACUCCCAACAACCACCAAUGCAACGUAGAUCCCCCUCUCCUACCCUUUCCCGCAGGUCCACUCGCCUUAUGAAGGAUUCUCCACCUUUUGGGUCCCCUGGAGGUCGACUAAGAGGAAGGGGCCGUCCAAACAUCCCAAUGGGAGCUGUGAAACCAUAUCCUGGCCGAGGAGGUCAUUCGGGAACUCCAACACAAAAUGUACGGCCAUUUAGACCAUCCAUACGUAGUAACAGGUCCAUGAUGCCAGAGGAUUUCACAGCCUCCCCACAACUCUCAGGUCAACACACUGGGAUGAGCAUAAUGGAACAAAGUCGUUUCAAUCUUCCAGGAACACCUGGUCCAAUGAGAAACCCACAGAGACCCAUUGGUCGUGGCCGUCCACUCAUGGCCAGACAGUCACUGAGACGUGCACCUGGCAUGAUGCCCCCUUCACCUCAAUUUUCUCAAAAACACAUGCCCCCUCCAUCACCUCAGCCUUCUGUUAGACAUCUCUCCAGACCAGGCUCUCCUCAUCCAUCCAUUAAACAUGGCUCCCCAUUACCUAUGCGUUCCACUUCCCCUAGGGCUCUGCCUACUUCUGUGCUUUCUGGUCCUCCAAUGUAUGAAUCUUCAUUUGCAUCUCAUUUGCCUAUUGGCGCAGAGGCAAUCCCUGUAGAAUUUGAUCAGAUUAGUGGUGUUCCUCAGUCACCAAUGCUUACAAGUUCCCUCCAAAACCAAUUUCUCAGUAAUGCAUCCUAUAUUUCACCCGUCCAACAGCCCAUGUCACCUUAUGCUCCUGAGAUCAUAAAUGUUCCACGGGUUCCUGGUCAGCCACCUUCACCUGUUCCUUCCCUUGCCUUGCAACCCCCUAAUCUAAGCAAUGCUAUGCAUGUCUCCCAAUUGCAACCAGUACCCUCACCAUAUAGUCCAGAAAUGGAUCAGCAUUCAGAACAGAUGACAUCUCCACUUUUGUCAAAUGCCUUACAAAAUUCUCAGCUCAGAGAAGCAUCUUAUAUUUCGCCGAUGCAAAGACCAGGUUCACCUUAUGUUCCUGAAGUGGCCCAGUUUGGUGAGAUCCCUGAACAACUACCUAUUUCUUCCCCAUAUAUUCCUCAGAUGGAAACAUUUGAACAAUUUCCAGGUCAGCCAGCAUCACCUUUGCUCUCCAGUGCAAUUCACAAUCCACAGCUUCGCAAUGCUUCAUACCAAUCAUCACUGCAAGGGCCACAUUCACCCUAUGCUGAGGUAGAGACAGGCUAUGAUUACAUUGAAGAGCCAGGUGCUGGCCCCCUUCUUUCCAAUGCUCUUCAAAAUCCAAAUGUCCGCAAUGCUUCCUACAGAACACAUUUACGUCGCAGGGGAUCCCGUGUUCCCCCUGGCUAUGGUCCAAGGGGAUCUCCAGUUCUUUCAACGGCUUUGCAGAACCAAAAUGUUCGUAAAGCAUCAUACCGAGCACCUAUCCAGGGAAUGGUCUCCCCUUAUACAACUGUGUCAGGUUAUAGGCAAGAUCCUAGGAAAUCUCCUUUUCUGUCUGAUGCAUUGCACAACCCCCAACUCCAUGGUGCCACUUAUCGCUUGCCUGAUGGGUCAUUAGUAUAUGGUAAUCAGGUAGCAAAUGUACACUCUUCUCCAAUGCUUGCAGAUGCAAUUGGAAAUCCUCAGCUCCAGAAUGCUUCAUAUAAACUUUCUGCUGGGUCCAUAGUAGACCAACGACAGCAACAAUCUUUCUCACCAAACCUCUCAAAUGCUUUGCAGAACCAAAACAUAAGAAAUGCCUCUUAUAGACUUUCAGAUGGAUCGAUAAUAUACCCAGACUCUCAUUUACAGCGAACUUCACCGAACCUGUCCAGGGCUUUACAAAAUCCAAAUGUGAGAAAUGCAAAUUAUAGACUUUCAGAUGGAUCGAUAAUAUAUCCAGACUCUCAUUUACAGCAAACUUCUCCGAACCUGUCCAGGGCUUUAAGAAAUCCAAAUGUGAGGAAUGCAACUUAUAGACUUCCAGAUGGAACGAUUAUAUACCCAGACUCUCAUUUACAGCAAUCUUCUUCUCCAAACCUUUCCAGUGCUUUACAAAAUCAAAAUGUGAGAAAUGCAACUUAUAGACUUCCAGAUGGAUCGAUAUUAUACCCAGACUCUCAUUUACAGCAUCCUUCUUCUCCAAACCUGUCCAGUGCCUUGCAGAAUCCAAAUCUAAGAAAUGCAACUUAUAGACUUCCAGAUGGAACUCUUAUAACAGCAGGACAACAACAGCCAACCUCACCAAACCUGUCACAUGCACUUCAGAAUCAGCACAUUAGGAAGGCAUCAUAUAGACUGCCAGAUGGGACAAUAAUAAUGGCUGAUCAGCAAAUGGAACCAACAUCUCCAAAUCUGGCCAGUGCACUGCAGAACCAAAACAUUCGAAAUGCAACUUACAGAUUGCCGGAUGGCACAUUGAUAUCAACGGACUAUGGGCAGCCCACAUCUACUUCCCCAAAUUUAUCACAGGCACUUCAAAACCAACAAAUGAAAAAUGCUAGCUAUCGUUUACCUGAUGGCUCAAUCAUAACGGGACCAGUUUAUCAACCUAAGUCUCCAAAUUUGGCAAGUGCACUUCAGAAUCGGGAUAUUCGCAGUGCUACCUACAGAUUACCUGAUGGAUCGGUCCUUGCUCAAGGAUUUGAAGUCCCCACUUCGCCACAUUUAAUGGAUGCUCUAAAGAAUGCUGACCUGAAGAAAGCCUCUUAUCAACUACCUUCAGGGAUCUCCACCUAUUUGACCUCCUCUGGGCAGGUGGUUAUUGGACCAGAUGGCCGUUAUGCUCUAGUUCCACCACAGCGAAAAGGUCCAGGUCCAGAAGAUCACUGGGCUCAAAAUGGCAGAGAGGGGCAAACUGCAGAGGACCACUGGGCUGCAGAAAGGGUCUUGCCUCAUGACACAGUACAGAACCUCAUUAAAUGGUCCAUGUACCGAGAUGAGAAAAUGAUGGAAUUUCUUACCCCACCACCAGCUGGCCUUAGGCCCGGGGAAACAGAGCUGCAGUGGGUACCAGAUCGUGAAGGGGAGCCAAAAGGAAAGUGGUAUGACAAGAUGUAUUCUAUAAGAAGCCUGCCUACUGUCAGCUACAGGGUGAAAAGGGAAGGGGAUGGAGCUGAGGACAUGACACAAAUGGAAGAGCUUACUGAAGCAGCAGUAUUGAUAAACCUGAAGACUCGCUUUGAUCAAGUGCUUAUCUAUACAUACAUUGGCAGUAUUUUGGUGUCUGUGAAUCCAUACCAACUAUUUAACAUCUAUGGCACAGAUAUGGUUCUGCAGUACGAGGGCCAUGGCUUGGGAGAUAACCCACCUCAUCUCUUUGCCAUUGCAAACAUUGCCUACACUACAUUGAUGGACAUCAAGCAAAACCAGUGCAUCAUUAUCAGUGGGGAAAGUGGUUCUGGAAAGACAGAGGCGACCAAACUGGUUCUGAGGUACCUCACUGCUAUUCACCAUAAGAGGAACAUUACACAACAGGUACGUAUUCUCGAGGCAACUCCUCUGUUAGAGUCGUUUGGAAAUGCUAAGACGGUCCGAAAUGAUAACUCCAGUCGCUUUGGAAAAUUGGUGGAGGUCUAUUUGGAGGAAGGGGUGAUCAGUGGUGCCAUAACCUCACAGUAUCUACUGGAGAAGUCCAGGAUCGUUUUUCAGGCCAAAGAUGAGAGAAACUACCACAUCUUUUAUGAGAUGCUGGCUGGACUUCCUACGCACAUGAAACAGGCCUUCUACCUACAGGAGGCUGAAACCUACUACUACCUGAACCAGGGAGGUAACUGUGAGAUCACUGGGAAGGAUGAUGGGGAGGACUUUAGGAGGCUACAGAGUGCCAUGGACAUUCUCCACUUCAGUCCUGAAGACCAGAGCAGCAUAUUCAGAGUGCUGUCAUCCAUACUGCACUUGGGCAACGUCUUUUUCCAUAGAACAGAAGUGCAGGAGACAGCUGCUGUGGUGAGCACUCAGGAGAUUCGUGCAGUAGCCGAUCUGUUGCAGAUUUCCCCAGAGGGUCUGCAAAAAGCCAUCACCUUCAAAAUGACGGAGGCAAUGAGAGAGAAGAUAUACACUCCCCUCUCAGUAGAAAGUGCUGUGGAUGCCAGAGAUGCAGUUGCCAAGAUCCUUUAUUCCUUGCUUUUUCAAUGGCUGACAGAACGGAUCAAUGGGCGGGUAUACCCCAGGAACGAGGCGCUGUCCAUAUCUUUACUGGAUAUAUAUGGGUUUGAGAGCUUGACGUUCAACAGCUUUGAGCAGCUCUGUAUCAACUAUGCUAAUGAGACCCUGCAGUUCUUCUUCAGCAAAAUCAUUUUCAAACAGGAACAGGAGGAGUACAUUCGAGAGCAGAUCAACUGGAAAGAACUGUCCUUCACUGACAACCAGGCAUGCAUAGACCUUAUUGCUGCAAAGCCCCAUGGGAUCCUCCGCAUCCUUGAUGACCAGAGCGGCUUUCCACAGGCCACUGACAACACCUUCCUUCAGAAGUGCCACUAUCACCAUGGAAACAACCCCCUUUACUCCAAGCCAAAAAUGCCACUGCCAGAGUUCACUGUCUAUCACUAUGCUGGUCGUGUAACUUACCAGGUCCAUAAAUUCCUGGAUAAGAACUACGAUCAGGUUCGGCAGGAAGUAUUGGAUCUGUUUAUGCAGAGCCAGAACCGAAUGGUGUCCAAUCUCUUCAUAAAACAUGCCGAGAUGCUGAAUCAGCAGAAAGGAGCAAUGAACAGGAACAGCACAAUGACUCGGAAAUAUCAGCCCUCUACUGUGGCUGCCAAGUUCCAGCAAUCACUACAGGAGCUUCUAGACAAGAUGGAGAGGUGCAACCCAUUUUUUGUCCGUUGCAUAAAGCCAAAUAAUAACAAGGAACCUGGUAUAUUUGACCCUGAGUUGGUUGCUACUCAGCUCAGAUAUUCAGGAAUCUUGGACACAAUCCGCAUCAGGAAGGAGGGUUAUCCAAUCAGAGUGCCGUUCCAUAAAUUCUUAAACAGGUACAAAGCCCUGCUUGGAAUGAAGAAGCCGCCACCUCCAGAUGGCGAUAACUGUGUCUUUAUGUUAAUGAAGCUCUGCCCAAUCAACAAAGAAGAUUAUCAAGUGGGUGUGUCAAAGCUCUUUCUAAAGGAGAAUGUGUAUCAUUUAUUGGAGAGUAAACGUGAUCGUAUGAUGCAUGUAGCUGCACUGACCCUUCAGCGUUAUGUACGGAUGUAUUUUGUUCGGAAGAAUUUCCUCAAGUUCCGUUCAGACAUGACAAAACUUCAGGCUCACUGCAAGGGCUUCCUGGCCAGGCGGCGGUUUCAGCGAAUGCGUAUAAACCUGAUCAGGCACCGUGCAAUGAUCCGACUUAUUGUCAAUCGCAAAAGAUACAUCAGGCUCAAUCUCCUCUUAGCGAGAAGAGCAGAGCAGGAGAGGAGGAGGAUUGAACAGGAGCGAAUAAGCAGGGAAGUGGUAAAUGUGACUCAGCUGGUUAUUCCUGCAGAGUUGGGAGGACUGUUACAGGCCACAGCAGCUGGUAGGGAGCGUCAUUCAGACUGUUUGGCUCUGGUUCAGGCUCCAAGAAUACAAACAGACCCCCAGCUCACUCUUCCACUGGACAUCAACAACCAUCUGAUGACCAAAUAUAUACGCACACAUUUCCGAGAAUUGCAGUUUGGGAUGCUAACAGCACCGCUGGAGAACUCACUGACCCGACUAGAAGAUGAUCUGAAACAGGAUGCUCUUGAUGUGUUUAUACUGAUUUUGCGUUUCAUGGGAGAUCCAAACCUGAAUGGAGCUCAAGAAAACCUGUUUGGAAAUUACAUCAUUCAGAGAGGCCUUGCCACUCCACCAAUCAGAGAUGAGAUCCUAGCGCAGCUAGCCAAUCAGGUGUGGCGGAAUGAAAACACCAGAAAUGCAGAGAGAGGAUGGUUGUUGAUGGCCGCCUGUUUGAGUUCCUUUGCCCCGUCUGAGAAGAUGGAGAAAUAUCUGCUAAAAUUUGUGUCAGACUAUGCUCUGAAUGGCUUCAAGGCUGUGUGCCAACACAAACUCCUCCAAGCCAUGCAGAAAUCCUACCUAGUCCCUGAGGCGUCUCGAACAUACCCUCUAUCCCUGCUAGAGUGGACUGCCACCCGCAAAAAAGCACACAUGGUGCUCCAAGUGCACUGUUUUGAUGGUGUGUCUUUCCUGUGUCCUGUCCAUUCCUGGACAAAUGGAGAGGGACUUGCUGGAGACGUUCUACAACACAGGGGCGUGUCCUCUGAGAGCCGAUGGGGUUGGUCAGUUCUGAUGAAGGAGCCGGCGCAGUGGGUGGAGUUAGAGGGACACGAUUAUGUUCUGGAUCUGGUGUGUGACCUGGAGCUGCUGCCAGACUUCCCCAAACAGAAAACGUACUUCAUCAUCUCUACUGAAGACCCCAGCAAGGCACGGCCUAACGCAAGCAUAAGUCUCUUUGGCAGUGGAUUCGAAGAGGAUGAGAAUGGGCCGCUCUCAUAUUCCAACCGAACGAGCGCCGUUGCAGCCAACAGCCUACCAAUUUCUGAAGGCAACUACAAUCUAGACUUAGAACCACCCUAUGAUGGCACUCAGAGAGGGAUGGACCGGUAUUUGGACAGCCUGUUUGACCCAGUUCUGUCUGAUGGAACUGGGGACCUCGAUGCAUCAGUUUUGUCUGGUAGGAUGAAAGGUGGAGGAGGUGUUGGUGGUGAUGAAGCACAACCUCCUGCAAGGGUCGUCGUUUCAGCUGCUCUUCAGCCUGGAGCAGUUAGAGUCCUGCCACCCAUUCCAGGUGCUUCAGUGAUGCCCAGGAUGCCAGCGGUGCACCCAGUGCCAGACCCGCAGCAAACUGUCCUGGCCCAGCAACAACAAACCAUCAUCAACCAGCAAGCCGUCAUUAUGGCUCAGCAGAUGACCAUGCAGGCGAUGGCUAUGGUGACCAGUCCAGUGUCCAGUCCACCAAUGUCUCCCCUCACCAGCCCCCCAACCAGCCCUCCACCCACUCCCUACAGCACUCUGCCGCCUAGCCCGUACCCCGCCAUCCCUCCCAGCCCCUACGCUAACCUCCCACCCAGCCCUUACGCCCCACAUCCCCUUUCCAUGUAUACAAGCCCCCUGGUGACCCCCCACCCCACCAUCCCCUCCACCUCGAUCAACACCACCCCCAGCACCUUAGAGGAGCAACAGAAGCCCCUGGAGAAGAAGAGCGGCCCCCCAACACCACAGCCACGGAGUACCACCACCACAAAGGCUGUUUCAUCUAAUGGGACAUUAGGGAAGAAGCAAGCCCCUGCUGCACCAAUUAAACUUGACAGCAGGCCUGCCAAAAGACAUGCUCCUGUUGCCGUCACAGGUCCCAUGCGUUCUGCUCCGGCUCCUGGCACAGAGGUGGUGAAAUAUUCGGUCUCCAACUCCGAGCACAUAGUUCCCAGCCACAACAUUAAAGAUAUCAUAAAACAAUAUCAAACACCGCUCCCAGAACCCGUGCCGCAGAUACAGAGGCGGGAAGGGAAAGGUUUUAUGAAGAAGAUGAACCCACAUGAUGAGGCAAUGCAGAUCCUACAAACACAGAGGGACAAUCCACCUCCUCCACAGAGAAAGGCUCCCACUCCAGCUGCUGUGUCCAGAGAUCAAGGCCUCAAACCAACUAGAAGCAGCAAGAAGAAAGCACCAGAGCCACCACUGACUUUACCUCCACCAGUGUCCAGAGAUCUUCCAGUGGAAUCUGAGAGCAUCCAAACACAGCUGCACAAGAGCAGCACAGAGGAGCAUUACACCUACACAAACGUUCCCUGGAAGAUAUACCUGCGGAAGGAGGUCUUCUAUCCUAAAGACACUUGGAAUCAUCCUCUGGUGCUGAACCUCAUAUUCAAACAGAUUGUUAAUGACACAUUUACUGAAGCCUGUGUGCGCAUUACUAAAGAGGAGAGGCAGAAGAUGAAAUCCUUGUUUGCACAAUACGGCAUCGAGCCAAACAUAGAUGUUCAGGAUGAAAGUGUGAAGAAAGCUGUGAUUACAGCUGCCAGGGAGUCAUGGGAGAUUUAUUUUUCUCGCCUUUUUCCUGCAUCUGGCAGUGUGGGUACUGGAGUGCAGGUGUUGGCAGUGUCUCACUCUGGUAUCAAACUUCUCAAGACGGUAAAACACAGCACUACGGCGCCAGACUACUUCCGAGUGCUCCGUGCGUACAGCUACACAGACAUCCUGUUUGUGACCAUCCCCUCUCCAAACAUGCUGGAGUUUAAUCUGAUGAAUGAGAAACUGAUUCUGUUCUCGGCCAAAGCACCUCAGAUCAAACAUAUGAUUGAUCUCUACAUCUCUCAUCUAAAGGAGGAUUCUGAGUAUGUCGUAGCAGAGAGAAACUUCAUCACAGAGGACAGAGCUCUUCUCAGCUUCCAUAAAGGAGAUAUCAUUCGUCUGCAGGCCAUGGAUGGAUUAGAGGAGGGUCAGAGAUACGGCUGCGUGGUGAAGAAAAAGGUCAUUUACCUCGAGGAGCUGAAGAGAGGCACACCAGAUUUUGGCUGGCGUUACGGGGCAGUGCAGGGUCGGAGUGGAGCCUUCCCUAUGGACUGUGUGGUUCCUGUAGCUGCUCCUGAUUUCCUGAGUCUCCCAGCGGAGAGGAGAGACGAGCCGAGAGACAGACAGGGUCGAGUGGCAGCAUCAGGAGCUAUCGCUCUCGCUGUGGCCUCCACUGCAGCUGCACAUGAGCUGGACCCAUCACUAGAGUCUGCUGGAUUCGGGGAAUUCGGUGACUCUGAAGCUGAGGGGAAUAUUCUUUUGGACAGCCAGUACAACAUGGUGGAGUUUGCCAGGAAACAUUUCAGAACGUCAGAUGGAAGCAAGAGUGAUUCGUUCAGAGAUAAAUCCAAAAAAGGUAAAGGAAAUAAAGACCCUGCAGAGAUGGUGAAAUUCAGCAAGAACCCUAUCCUAGAGUCCCUCAUAGACUUCACUGACCCCAACAUGAACCGGGUUGCUUCUGAAAUUUUCCUAGCCAUAAUGAAGUUCAUGGGAGAUCAUCCUCUCAGGGGCCAAUCGGAGCAGUUUGUGGUUUGCACCUUCCUGAAGUUAACGGGUGAAUAUGGACUGAUGAAGGAUGAGGCGUACUGUCAAGUCCUCAAACAGAUUACAGCCAAUACCAGCUCUAAACCUGACAGCUGUCAGAAGGGCUGGCGGUUACUCUACAUCCUGACAGCGUUUUUCCGCUGCUCUGAAGUGCUCAAACCAUUCGUACUCAAGUUCCUACGAGACAUCUGCAGAAGUCCAGAAGUGCUUUUUCAUGGAAUUGCUAAAGCUUGUGAGCAGAACCUGAGAAAGACCUUUCAGUUCGGUGGCAGGAGUGUUUACCCCAGUAGUAUGGAGCUCAAAGCCAUAAUGGCUGGUCGAAGCUCAAAGCGACAGCUCUUUCUAUUUCCUGGAGGAAUUGAGAGACAUUUGAAGAUCAAGACCUGCUCAGUUGCACUGGAUGUCAUAGAGGAGUUAUGUUAUGAGAUGGCGUUACAAAGGCUGGAGGCAAUGGAUGAGUACACAGUUUUCAUAGUGAUCAACAGAGGUCAGAAUGUGCGGCCCCUCAAUAAGAGAGAGUACAUAUUAGACAUCGCAACAGAGGCGGAGCAGAUUGAUCCCAACUACAGCUUCUGGUUCAGACGAGUCAUCUGGGCCCAUCCGCUCAAGUUCGACAACGAGCUCUGUGUCACCAUGCACUAUAACCAGGUUCUGCCAGACUACCUGAAGGGUCUGUUGAAUGUCGUACCUCAGGGAAAGAUCAGUGAACAGCAGUUUAACCAGUUUGCCAAACUUGCUGCUCUUCAACACAGAGCCAAAGACAGUCUCUACACCCCUACUAUUCAUGAGUUGACAGAAUACAUCCCAGUCGAGAUCUUUGGCAGACAGGUGCCUCAGCAGUGGAUGCAACUGGUUGCCCAACAUGUACAUGCCGUCCAAAGCCUGAACCCUCACCAGGCCAGAUCCCAGUUCCUGGGUUUGGUGUGUGCAUUUCCAAUGUUUGGAUCGUCCUUCUUUUACAUCCAAAGCAGCAGCAACAGCACCAUCUCUGCACCGUGCAUCCUCGCCGUCAAUCAGAACGGACUGCACUUCCUGCACAAAGACACUCAUGAGGUGCAGGUGAAGUUCCAGCUGAAGCUGAUUCAGUCAGCUCACACACAGCGGCCCAGCGCCGGAUCCAGUUACCCUUAUGUAGACGUCGUGAUAGGGGACUUAACCAAUCACAGAGUCACACAGUUACAGCUGGAACAGGGUCUGGAGCUGUGUCGGGUUAUCGCCAUGCACAUUGAGAAUAUGCUCUCUGUCCGAGAGAAGAGGCUGACGCUGCCACCCAGUGAAAUCACCAUGCUAUAACAAAACCAUAUACAGAUACAAACAGUCUGUAUACGAACGAAUACUAUGCUUUCUGUAUGUUUAUUUUCUAUCAGGUUAUUUUAAUGACUAAACCAAACCUCUUAAUGCACUGUUUGCACUAAUCAUGUGUAUUUGUUCACAUGUUAUGUAUAGAAAACACACGAUGAAUAAAAGCAUUAUUUUUGUAUUAAACGCAUAAUAUUUAUACAGAUGGAUUAUUAUUAUUAUUAUGGAAAAUUGUCCUUUGGUACUGUAGAUGUGAAAGUAUUGAAAUGUUUUAUUUGAAACGUUUACCACAUGCACAUAAGUUUGAAUGAAGAGAGAUGUUACUCAGGAGAACAGCAUGAAUGUAAUCUUUUUUUCAAUCACAUUCUCUCACAGAGACUUGCAAUGAAAUGUAAAUUUCAGAGUAACGCAAUGACAUUUUUUCACAGUCAAACUUUGUGUAUUUAGCUGUUAGUUGACAUUAGUUAACAUACAAGACCGAGGUCAGAAUAUUUGUAUUGAUUUUUUUCUACAAUUUUCUUAAUAAAUGUAUUGAUUGAAACCUAAAUGAAUAAAUUUGCCUACUGUAAUUGUCUAUAACUUUCACAGUAUUUUGGAUAAACAGGAAUAUGAAUAUCACGUCUGAGAUCUGAGAUCUAAUUUAUAUAAUGAAUAUACACCAAAUUGUUAACUAUAAGCUUCUUGUUUUAGUUUUUUUUUUUUCAUUCUGAGAAAUGAGAUUACUAAGAAACCCCUUUGUAUCUGAGGCAUGGGACUUCAUGAUCUCUGGUAAAUUAGGGGGGUUUAACUGGCUUGCAAAAUUAGCAAAUUUAUUGUUGCAUAACCUUUUUAAAGUAGUUAACCAAUUCAAAACAAAAAUGAAAAUUA